AUGGCAAGUGAGGAAGAGAGUUUUCUUGUGUUAGUACAUUGCUUUGGGAAAAUUCAAAGAAGCAAAAAAUACGGUGUGAAGUUCACUGACAGAGAACCAUUGAGUGUAUUUAUCAGUUCAUCAAGUACUUUGUCAGAUGUAAAGAACAUCAUCUUGCAGAAGUUUGGGGUAUUUGGGAGCAAUGUUAAGUAUGAUACAUUUGUGAUAGCGACCGAUGAAGAUAUUCGGGUUCUGUUUCAUUGUGUUAGGAGUUUUCCAGAGGUCAAAAUACACGAGCUGUAUGCGAAGUUGGAGGUUGGUGUCGAUAGUUCUGGGGCAUCAGCUCCGGUUGCAUCCCCUUCCUUUGCGGCUGAUUUAGAUUGUACAGAGGUAGUUGCUUUUGUACCGUUCGAGAAUCAUGGGGUCCGGCAGCAGACAUAUAAGGUGGAUACUGGUCCUGGCAUUAUUCAUGAUGUUCAAGGGUUCGGGGAACCUGAUCAAGUUGAGAAUGCAAUGCGGGACGAUGACUCAGACCAGGAGCCUGUUGAUAUAAUUGGGGACGACGAUGAUGACACAGGUGCCGAUCCACAUACACAGCAUGGCCCUUCAAGUUCUAGCACACAGCAGACGGAGGUGCUACUAUUGGGGGGUUCUUCUACAGAGUUUCAGAUUGGACAAUCAUUCCAGAAUAAAGAUGAAGCUGUUUUGAGUGUGAAGGACUAUAGCAUCCGUCGAGGUGUUGAGUACAGCGUCUUAGAGUCGAAUCAUCUGAAGUAUCAUGAGAAAUGCAAGGAGUUCGACAAGGGUUAUAGUUGGUUGAUUCACAUACCGCUUCGUACACGAAAGGGCACUUGGGAGGUUAGGAGGGCGGAUGCUGCAGUAACGAUAAAGGUCUUACAAGAAGCAACGGAAGCCGAUUAUGGAUUCAGGCCUAGUUACAGGAAGGUUUGGAUGGCAAAACAGAAGGCAAUAGCACAAAUAUACGGAGAUUGGGAAGAGUCGUAUGCCGAGUUGCUACAUUGGAUGCUAGGGGUCCAGUCCACCAUGGUCGGAAUAGUUACAGUGUUGAAGACUUCUCCUGUUAGACUUGGGGAUCAGGUCGAUGAGUUUACAAUGUACUUUCAUCGUCUUUUCUGGACAUUUCCACCCUGCAUUGAGGCCUUCCGACAUUGGAAGCCCCUCGUGAGCAUUGACGGUACCCACUUGUAUGGCAAGUAUGGAGGCCUUGUUCUGCCUAUCCCAGAAGGCCUCUGGCCGCCAUAUGCUUAUCCGACUGUCAUUCCCGAUCCUAACAUGAGGCGUUCAAGAGAUGGAUGUCCAAAGGCAACCAAAAUCCCCAUUAGCAUGGAUCAGACUGCUCAAAACCACCCGAAGCGCUCUGGACUCUACCGUCAGCCUAGUCAUAUGCAGAGGAAUUAUGACCAGCGACGACAUACUGCUACCGGGGAUGCUUAG